AUGACCGAAUUAUCCUUCGCAAAAUCCUUCCUCACAACCCUCGAUUCCCGUCCGAGCAAGAUCAGCCCAGACCACUACGAAGACCCCAAAUCCUACCCAGCGCGGAAUGCCGUACGCCUCUCUCCCACAAUCCUCUUCCUACUCCAAUUUUCUUGCCCAAGAACUAACAAGAACCACAGUUCAUCCUCCCAAAAUCCACCGGGCCACCCCUCAAACGCAAAACCCCCGCCUCCACAACAGCACAACCAACAAGCUUCCCAGUAACCCUCAAAUCCCUCCGAAACCCGCCUCUAGACAUAACCAUCCCUUCGCGGGACCUAAGUACCUCAAUCUUGGAUUUGAAAACCGCUUUGUCAACCGAAGCUUCGAUCCCCGUCAAAGCUCUCAAGUUAUUAUACAACAAGAAGCCUGUAGCGGACAGUAAAGUCCUCAAAGAUUUACUAGGGGCGGAGGGUGUAAAGGAGGGGCAGAGCGUGGAGUUCGGAGUUAUGGUUAUAGGUGGCGCUGCGGCGAUAGUGAAAAAGGAUGGGGAAGGUGUUACGGAGGGGGAGAAAAUGGAGGUUGAGAUGGGACAUGGAGGGGAUGUGUUGAAGACGGACGCUUUUUGGGAGGAUCUGAGAGGGUUCUUGGUUCAGAGGCUUAAGGAUGAGGAGGAGGGAGAUAGGGUCGUUAAGGUAUUUAGAGAUGCUGUUAUGAAUUGA